AUGUCGCGCUCCUCUCCCCGCUCUCUGUCCCGCUCGAGGUCGCGCUCCGCAUCGAUGUCGUCUACCCGUUCCACGACACCCGAAGACUCUGCGUGUCCCUUCCUCAUCCGGAUCUUCGUGACGCGCACACACACCCCGCUCCGCGACUUUGACGACAACCACCUACCUGUGCAGGACGAAUUCCACGUGUACGGAUGGAAAUCAUCCACCCCAACGUCCCUCGUGCACCAGCUCUACGCCGUUCUGCCCGCGCCAUACCGUUCUCCUGUGGCCCGCUACUCGUUCAAGCACGUAUAUGUCGACGCGUCCGAGGCAGGACUGUACAAGGCGCGCGAGAUGGCUUCGUUCACCGGGCGCGAGUUUACAUCAAGUGUGGAAGGGGGGAGAGGAGUGGAGGAACAGACGCUGGACGAGUACGGGUUCAUCAAGGGGGACUUGAUUAGUGUGGCUGUGAACAUGCCAGAGCCGCGCAAGGUGGAAGGGCGCGAACAACGAGACCGCCGCCCACCGCCUCCAAGAGGGAGCUGGCGUGACCGCGACGCACCGAUGCGCAACGACCGCGAGCGCGAGCGCGAUCGGCGCGACGGACCACCUACCAACGACCGCUGGAGUCGUCGUAGCCGGAGCAGGAGUCCGGUGAGGAGGGGAUCUGGAUGGGGACGGGAUUAG